AUGGCCAAAGCCGAUCUUCGGAAAUUGUUGAGACCUGUGAGAGAUGGACUUUUGACUGAAAACACUAUGUUCCACAUGAAUACACAGUAAGUUAACUUUCUUUUUUUUCUUGAAAACAACAUCUGGUUCUCAGAAAUUUCUCGGUUGACCAUGUAGUAGUUCCGAUAUCGAUCGCCGACUUCCUCAAGGAACUGAGCCCCGAAUGGAUGCGAUGGAUUCAUACGGGUAAUGUUCAAGUACAGUUUUCACUAAUCAAUGCACCCGACAUUUCGCCCACUGAUUUAUCGGGCGGCAGUUAAAACGGCAUGAUAAUAGUGGUUGCAGCUCCCGGUGACACAGACCUUGAAGAAAGACGUUACACUCCACAUGCUACAUACGAUUAUCACGGCGAUGUUUGGGUCUCAAAAUAAGUUUUUAGGAACGGAUUUGAGUUUCAGCACAUAGACAGUGAUGUUAUAUUAGAGUAUGUGAGUGCAAUGGAUAAACAUCAGAAACGGGCACUUCUCAACUUGAUUCGAGAAGGAGUGCUCACCGAUGAAUGCUUUAUUAACAUUUCAACUCAUGUUGGGCCAGAACGAGUUCAAGUAAUAAGGACUAUAUGCAAUAAUUCAACUUGUUCGAGGAAUAUUUGUUGCAGGUGCCCAUGCCGAGAGUCGUAGAGGCAAUGCGGGUGAUUCAAGAAGGCGAAAAAGAUCUUCAGAAAGAAAAACCAUUGCUGCUAAAGAUAUUUACAAUGAAGCACUAUUCCUCCGCUUCAUUUGACAACCAUUAUCGUGCAGGCUCGGCUCAACACACAUUCUAUUUUGAUAUUUCGGUUAUUUCAGAUCUUAAAGUGAGGUCACUCACGGCAGCAAGAUACACAAUGCCCAUUUGGUAUACAGUUUUCUUUUCUCUGAUGACCCUCGCAACAUUUGCAUCACAUAUCUGGUGUCAGGUGACCAACUACGCGGACUUACAAGAAACGCUCUCAAUGACUCUUCCUACUGUCAUUUUGGUCGUUUCAAGGUAGUUAUAAUUGUUUGGAACUGAAGCAAAUCUAUAAGAAGUUUCCAGCCUCCUAAUUGGGAUGCUAUUGUACUUCAACAUUUACAUGGUUGGUUUUCUGUGUUGUUGCGAAAACAACUUCUGGAAUAGACUGGUCACCAAAGAUCUGGACUAUUCUUUGUUAUAUGUUCAUUUUUGGUGAGUUCAACCAAUAAACCUUUCGAAUAAACUACUUCCAAUAUGUUACAGUGAAUUGAACAAAGUUGAAUACCGGAUAUACUGCGUGAAGGGAUUGCAGUUUAUCCUUUUGUGGUACACAAUGCUCCUGGCUGCCUACGCCCAUGAGCAUGACCUCAAUAUCUAUCCAGCGUUGGUCUGUGUGCUAACCAAUGGAUUUGGAUUGAUGCUUUUCGCAAGGUUAACUUUAAUUUAUCAGGAAGAAUUAACUUUAUUCGCGUUUUAGAAUGGCGGAAUUCUUCCGGAGGUGUCGAAGGACUCGAGAUGGGACAGCAAUCGCAGCGCGGUAG